GUUUGGGAAAGACUUGUAUUCCCGCCCCUUCGCUGCCGCCUCUCACUGUCUCUGUGCUUGCCACCGCCUAGAGUGGCCGCCUGUGACGUCACGUCCUCUGUUCCAGAGGCUGAGAAGCCAGUGGUGUUACGGCGCCUCAGGGCUAAACGUACCCAGCUCUUUAAGCCAAUCCUCAUAGGGUAUGGUCUCCAGUCCUUUGAUCAUUUUAGCCUGGGCACAUUCCAGAAGGGUAGAAGACAGGUAAAACAUAAAUACUAUGCAUCACAAAUCUCAUUCUCUUUAAAGCAAAGAUGGACAGUGAGGUACAGAGGGAUGGGAGGAUCCUAGAUUUGAUUGAUGAUGCAUGGAGAGAAGACAAAUUACCAUAUGAAGAUGUGGCAAUCCCAUUGAAUGAACUUCCUGAACCAGAGCAAGACAAUGGUGGAACAACAGAAUCAGUAAAAGAACAAGAAAUGAAAUGGUCUGACUUGGCUUUGCAGUAUCUUCAUGAGAAUAUUCCUCCAACAGGAAACUAGUCUAUUGUCAAUGUUACGUAAAGCAAUUUCUCUGCAAAUAUAUUGCUUAUUGUUCUUCACACGGUCCUUUCAGCCUUCUUUGCGAUGGAAGGAAGGUGUAUGUGGAAAACGUCUAGCCCUAAAUCACAAGAAAUUAUUGUCAUGGGUCCUUUGUCACUGACUCCAUUCCUGGAGACAUAUCAAUGCUUAAAGGAUAUCCACAGUUGACACAUACUAAAAAUGCUCCAGGUAUCAAUUUUUUUAUUUAAAAAAUCUUAUUAUUAUGCUUUUUGCUAUGAACCACAAAGCUGAAAUCUGGUCACAGGAAUAUUAAGCAAUGACUAAACUAGGUGGUUGUUGUUAGCUUGGUUUGGCAUUUGAUUUUCAUUUUUAAGUUUAUUUUGUGUGAAUAGGCAAUAUUUGCCAAUUGAAAUUGUUUUCCUUUUGUUGGAGGUAAAAUGCUCCAAAAUUAAGUCUUAAGCUGCCUAUCCAAGAGUAAGACUUUAACAUCCUUUUUAAAAACUUCCAGACUAUAUACAAUAUAUGUAUUAAAAGAGAGAGGACAGUUUAAGUCCAUAAUCUUAGAGAUCUUGUGUUACAUCAUUUACAUUUCUUUGCUUUGUCUUUCUUCUGUCUAUAACCAUCAACUUGCUAUGAUAGGCCAGUAUCUAGGGUAAAUUAAAAAGCAAUCUGCUUUGGCAGUAAUUGAUACCAAGACACAGACAGAGUUCUAUUCAAGGUAAUAAAACAGAAUCACAGAAAUAAUUUGCAUCUGUUUAAGCAAACUGCUUCUGUGGCUUGAUUUGGAUAAAAACAUUUAUAAAAAUACAGUAAGUUGUGUGCUUGACCCAGUUUUAUAUUAUAUUUAUAUUUUAUUAUUCCUUCCUUUUUGAAAUUAAGGCCAGAAUUUAUCUUUACCAUUAGUAUUUUCUUCUUAUUCAUAGAAUUCUCAAAUUGAUCCUACACUGCUUGUUGAUACUUUAGAGGGGAAAAUAAGACAUUUUACCUAAUAUCUCUGGACUAGAUCGUAUAGUAGAGUUUGUGAAUCUAUUGUGCUGUUAAAAAAUGAAUUCUUUUGUACAGUUACAUGGAGAUUCUGUUGCCAAUGGAAUUGAAACUCAUAACUUAUGCCACAGGACGGCCCUGUGUCCACAUUGUUUUGUAACUGGAUACCUCUGGAUUCCCUGGAUCGCCUUUUUCUGGAAAGAAAAAUGAAAUGCCUCUCCUCAAAUCCUUCUGAAAUGUCAUUUUCUCCUUAAAUGGGUUGCAGGGGCAUUUUUAACAAAUUAAAAUACACAUUUUUCAAAUUAA